GCCUGCCGAAGUCUCGCAAUUGUCUCUUCCCGAACACACACCAUGGCCAGAUUUCACUGUCCCCACAUGGGCGAACCGGGAUCUUGAUCUUAGGCUCGGACAUAACUGGUACGAAAUAGUAAAGAGGCGUAGGAACCGGAGCAACUUGUAAUCUUUCUGGAUAUAUCGUAGGGGUCUGCCACUGCUCAAUUCAACCUUCUUUCUUCUCCCUUGUUAUUUUUUUUCUUGUCGUUGCGAUACCCUCUUCCUCUCAUCUUCUCACUGCUAGAUCAUUCUCUGUAAGCGGUCUGUGCCGAUAAGACGACAUCAUCAUGAGGGUUUACCAAGAGACGGAGAUUGAGAUCCCCAACGAUCUCAACCUCACUGAACUCCUCCACACCACUGCCACUCCCGAUGUUCGCGGCGACACAGUCAUUGCCAGUGACAACUUGACCGAUCGCACUCUCACUCUGGAUCAGCUGCGAGAUCGUGCCGGUCGCAUUGCCCACGGUCUCAAGCGCAAGCUGAACCCCGCCGAGGGCGAUCGGUGGGCGAUUAUCGUCCCCAACUCUGUCGAUUAUGUCGAGAUCUUCCACGCUCUGCUGUGGACCGGCGGCGUUUCCUGCCCUAUUAACUGGGCCUUGAAGGCCUCGGAAAUUGGACGCGCUCUGUCGGUUUCGCAGCCACGGUUCGUUUUCGCAUACGGCAAGAUCAUCUCCAAGGUCAACGAGGCGUUGGCCAUUGCGGAGAAGGAAUUGCAGAAGAAGGGCAUCGCUUUCCAGCGCCCGCAGGUGCUCACUGUGGUCGAGAGGGUAGCUGGAUACCCACAUGUUCCUGAUGACUUUUUUGAGGCCACGAAGCUGGCUAUCCCCCAUUACAAGCAUACCGAGGAUCACGUUGCGUCAAUUCACUUGUCGUCAGGAACUACUGGUCUGCCCAAGGGCAUUCAAUUGACACACUACAACUACGUGUCCAACGUGCUGCAGCUCUACCAUCACGACCCGUCUCAGUUCAACUCGCAGACGAGAACCGUUGGCUUCACCCCCUAUGUGCACAUUGCGCUUACGACGCUCCCUCUGUUCCUCGGACCAUGGACUGGUAUGCUGCACCACGCAAUGCCCCAGUACGACCUGGAGACUUUUGGAAAGAUGGUCAGCCGGGUAAAGCCCACUACGUUUCAGGGAGUGCCCUCUGUCGUGCUAAGCUUUGCCAACACGGACAUUACCAACCGAUAUGACUUUUCCAACGCCAGAAUCAUCAACACUGGCGGUGCUCCGUUCAAGGAAGAUAUGCUCGACCGCCUCAUGAGCAAAGCGCCUUGGAAGACUGUGCAGCUGUACGGUAUGACCGAGGCAAGUCCCUACGUCGCCUACCAAAAGUACGAUGAGACCGUGCCUAAGGGCGCUACCGGCAAGCUUCUUCCCAACCUACAAGCUGUACUCAAGAAACCCGGCACAACUGAAGACGCGCCAGAGGGCGGUCCCGGUGAGCUCUGGCUCAAGGGUCCAAACAUUGCCAAAUCCUACGUCUUCAACCCAAAUGCUACCAAAGAAGCGUUCCCCAUGCCUGGCUGGUUCAACACGGGCGACGUUUGCACCAUUGACGCCAACGGCUACGUCGCCGUGGUUGGCCGCACCAAGGAGCUUAUCAAGUACAAAGGAUUCCAAGUCUCGCCAAUCGAGCUCGAAGCCCACGCCAACUCGCACCCGCACGUGAUCGAGUGCGGCAUCGGCAGCAUUUGGGACGAGUCGCAAUUGACCGAGCUACCUACCGCCUACGUCGUGCUCAAGCCGCACUUCAAGACGAUUGACGAGAAGCGCCAAGCCCUCAAGGACAUCCACCAGGCCGUGGACAGCCAGGUCAGCGGCUACAAGAAGCUCCGCGGCGGCGUGUGGAAUAUUUCUGCCCUGCCCAAGAACCCUACCGGCAAGAUCCUCCGCAAGGAACUCCAAGGUCGCACGCUCGGACAGUGCUCCCUGCCUGAGCGCGAGACUGCCCGUCCUGCAGCCAAGCUGUAAAACAUUGGUGCACUUUAUAUACGGUGUUCUUGCAUUGUUUCCUACUACUCUUGUUUCUUUUUUCCUUCCCACAUCUUCCAUUUCCUUUCUUUUUUCUAUUUCUCUUUUUAUCAUAUAGCGUGUAAUUCUUUUUUGUUUUUUCCCUUCUUUUCUUCUCAUCAUAUACUGUGUAAAUUUUCCUUUUCUUCAUCUCGCCCUAUCAUAUAGCAUGUAAUUCUCAAUUCCACUUGUUUAGCGCUUAUGGCAUCUCACUCUGCACAUGUAGGUUUUUUUUUCCCUUUCACUAGAUUCACGGCAUAUAGAAAAAUUAUAGAAAUACAGGGACGGUCGAUAUUUAAAAAGCUUUCAAGAACAAUGUUUUGGCUUUUCCCCCCUUUUCAAACGCAUUGUGAUGAUUGUGCUGUAACCUUUUCCCGCGCAACCACGGCAUGUCAAUCCCUUCUUAUCUUAUCUAUUGUUUCUCCUCUUCUGUC